CAAUCCCUGGUACCAAAAACAAACAACAAAAGAAGUAACCCUCUUAAAAUAUUCAUAAUUAAAACCAAUAAAGCUUUAGCUAAACGAUAUGGAACCUAUCUAUAACUUUGCAGAGAUAUUUUUCGUCAACUAAUAAACUCACUGUCCUCAUGAAACCUGCUAAAGUUUGCCCCAUCAUUUACCUGUGUUACUUCUUUUGGGUAAACACAGUGUAUACCUUAACAUUGCACCCACACAAAAGUGUCUAGAUAGAGAUGAAAGCAAGUCACUUUGCAUCAAGAUUAGAAUUCAUUAAAACCUAUAGAAGGGCAGGAAUUUAGCUCAGUGGUGCAGGAGCACGAGGUCCUGAGUUCCAUCCCCAGUACCAAAAAAAAACCAAACAAACAAACAAAAAAAACCAAUAGAUCCUUUCACCUCUUUAAAAGCAUAUGUAAUGCUUGGCAAAGACCAGUUGGUAUUAUUCUUGUAAAGUUGCUUAUUUAUUCAAGUGCUAUGCUAUCAAGAAAAUGAAAUAUAGCCAGGUAUGGUGGUGCAUGCUCAUAAUCCAGCACUCUGGAAAGCUGAGGCAGAAGGAUUUCAGGUUCAAGCUGAGCCUAAGCAUCUUAGCCAGAAACUGUCUCAAAAUAAAAAAGGGCUGAGGAUAUAUAGCCUAGUGCAAAGGCCCUGGGUUCAAUCCCCAGUAUCACUGAAGGAGGUUGGGGUGGAGGGGGAGGUUAGCUCAUUGCUUCCUGGGUUCAAUCGUCAAGUAACAAACAGCCACAAAGAAUAGAAAAGAAAAGCCUUUCAGCCAGAACCGCCAUCUUCCAGUAAUUUGCCAAAAUGACGAACACAAAGGGAAAGAGAGGGGAACCCGGUGUGUGUUCUCUAGGCCUUUUGGAAAACAUGGAGUUGUUCCUUUGGCCACAUACAUGGGAAUCUGCAAAAAGGGUGAUACUGUAGACCUCAAGGGAAUGGGUACUGUUCAAAAGGAAGGCCACACAAAUGUUACCAAGGCGAGACUGGAAGAGUCUACAGCUGCUGGUGGCACUGUUGUAAACAAGCAAGUUAAGGGCGAGAUACUUGCCAAGAGGAUUAAUGUGCGUAUUGAGCAUAUUAAACACUCAAAGAGUCGUGAUAGCUUCCUGAAACGUGUUGAGGAAAAUGAUCGAAAAAAGAAGGAAGCCAAAGAGAAAGGGACUUGGGUUCAGCUGACGCGCCAGCCUGCCCCACCCAGAGAAGCACACUUCCUGAGAACCAGUGGGAAGGAGCCUGAGUUGGUGGAACCUGUUCCCUGUGAACUCAUGGCAUACGCUGGGGGUGUAGUCUGCCAUGAAGCUCCUAAUUAGCAGCUGAGUACCCUAAGCCCAACUUAAAAAAUAAAAAAAAGUACUGUGCUGUAAGGAUGGUUUUCUUAAUUGAACAGGUGGUGUGGUGCCUCUACCUCAGAGAAACAAUAUUUGGAGCAGAUUCUCAUUAUAUAUACCCAGUUGUGUCAGGUCUUUACUCUUCAGUGUUUUUCUCACUGAAAGAUGUGAGGUAUUGAGCAAAUGUAUACCCAAAUGGCCACAUAUUUAUGAAAUAUUUCUAUUGGCUUGAAAAUCCUCUAGAUUACAUUUG